CCACUGUUUCUGAAUUCCCUUAUUUUCUUGGUUGAUGAUCACUGGAAGUUCAUCCGAGGAAUCCUGAGUCCCACAUUCACAGGAGGCAGGAUGAAGGAGAUGAUACCGCUGAUGCAGAAGUGCAUGGAAUCUCUGGUGACGAACCUCUGGAAAACUACAGAAGGAGGCACAAAAACAAUCAAAAUGAAAGACAUGUUUGGACUGUAUUCCCUGGAUGUCAUCGCCUCCACCGCGUUUGGUAUUGAAGCUGACUGUCAGGCAGACCCUGAAAAUGCUUUUAUACUCAACGUUCGGAAGAUGACACAAAACGGAAUUAAAACAUAUGCCCUUUUCAUCUUUUGCACCUUGUUUCCCUUCCUAAGCAAAUGGUUGGAAGCUGUUGGUUUCAAAAUGGUUGAUGAUGGUUGUCGACAAUUCUUCACAAAGGCUGUGCUCCAGACUAUUUCAGACAGAAGAGAUCGUAACAUUAGUCGGCGUGACUUCCUGCAACUGAUGCUCAACUCCCACAAGCUUGAGGUGGCUCAGGAGGAGAAAGACUCCGACUCCUACGUGGACCUGGACAAGUCAUUGAGGAGAGGGAUGACAAACGAUGAGAUUCUGGCCAAUGCAGUCCUGUUUCUAUUUGCUGGCUAUGAAACUACAAACCUGACUCUGGCAUAUUUCGCCUACAACCUAGCGACCAAUCAGGACUGUCAAGACAAACUCAUAGAAGAGAUCGACAGAGUUCUCAAUGGGCAACCGCCAAGUUACGAGACCAUGCCAAGGUUAGAAUACCUGGACUGUGCCUACCUGGAAACUUUACGUCUCUUCCCAGCAACUACAAGAAUAUCCAGAAUGGCAGAAGAGGACAUCACGAUUAAUGGCAUCCUUAUCAAAAAGGGAAUUGAAGUUCACUUUCCUGUUGGCGCCAUACACAAAGACCCUGAAUACUGGCCUGAUCCGGAGACCUACAACCCAGAGAGGUUCCGUCCAGAGAACCGCCCAGACAAUUACAACUAUGUGUUCAUUCCGUUCGGGGCGGGUCCAAGAAACUGCAUUGGGAUGAGGUUUGCCCACCUCACUGUCAAGACAGCCAUAGCAGGAAUUCUUCAGAAGUAUCGUUUUGUCACCGGUCCAGAAACAAAGAUACCUCCAGAGACAAAUGCCUUUGAACCAAAGCCUCUGGAUGGAAUGAUGCUGAGAAUUGAGAAAAGAUAAAAGGAACAUCACUCUGUCUUUCAAGUUGGGGAGGUCACUCUGAUUUAUUCAUGAAAGGGAGCUAACUCUUAUUGAUCUAGCAAGACUUGAACUCUGUUUCAUCCAUUAAAAGGAGGUCAGUCUGAUGUAUUUGGGAAAGAUAAAAAUUGUUUUCUUAGUCUGUAACACAGCAUCAUUCUGGUUCAUUCUACAAACUAAGGCUAUUCCUAUUUAUUCAUGAAAACAAAUUCUAAUUCAAACACCAAAGAAGCAGUUGUAAAGUUGACUCAUUCAUGAAAGUCAAGGUUAUUCUUUUUCCUUCCUAAAGUAAGGCCACUUUGUGUUUUGAUUCCAUAAAAUGACACCAAUGGGAGUUUUUUCUCAUCCUUAAAGGGACCAAACUUGAAUUCACAGAACAAUGGUGAAUUUCCUCAUUUCAUUCACUCAUCAAAGGGAGAAUACUUUUAUUCCCUUGUUGAUUGUUUUCAACUCCUUAAGUCUCAAACGUGUCUUCACAGAAACCUAAGCAUCUACAAUGUGCCUGAAAGGUGAGAAAGAUUUGUCUUGUGAAGGGAUAUUUACAUGUACAUGAUACAGCUGACAAUUGGAAACUGUUGCAAAUGUUGUGAAGUAAUUUACACUGACAAUAAGACCUACAGAUGGUUGAGAGUUCAGGAUGAGGGGAAUGUUUUAUGAUGUCAUGCCAAAAUAAGUUUUUUACAUUUAAAUAGGUAUACCUGGAAAAAAUAUGUACUGGUAGACUAUGUAACAGUACCAACUAUGAAAAGGAGAUAAUGUGUACAUAAGUAUAGUGAGUGAGUGAGUGAAUAAGUAUAAGUCUGAAGAUACAGAUCUGCUUGAGAGGACCAAAGUAGCACUGUAAGCUUUGAUAUAUAAUGUAUAGUGUUUGUACAGGCUGACUCCUUCGAGUUUCAAGGCAUCUGUCCUACCUUAGCCUGAGGUGUGGUGUCUCCUUCAUCAAGUGACUGUUAGAAAUGUGCCUUUGUUCACCAAGCAGUGACUGGGUACCCGACAGGAUCAGAUGGUCAUAUGACAGUCAACCUUCUUGGGUGGAAUACUUCCCAGGGAGCUCAGAAUGAAAUCAACUACACACUGAUCCAUUAAUGGGUGAAAUAAUGUAGCACUUAGAGCACAUGUCCACACUAUUAUUGUGGUAAAUAUAUUCAGGUUGGAACUAA